CCUAUUAAUCUUCCAACGCACUACCUCGCCAUGGCCUCUCUCUCUUCCGUUCUGCUUCCUCUCGCUGUCCUCCUUAUCCUUCACCCCCUUGCGGAAUCUGUGUACCGCCCGCUCAUUUUAACUGUAGUCAAUAACUGCCCUUUCACUGUCUGGCCAGCAAUACAGCCAAACGCGGGCCACGACGUCCUCGAGCGUGGGGGCUUCGCCCUCCAAACCCUAACCCACCGAUCCUUCGCAGCUCCAGACCACCACUGGACCGGCCGGCUCUGGGGCCGGACCGGCUGCACUUACCACGCCGGCCGCUUCACCUGUGCCACCGGCGACUGCGGCGGCCGCCUCGAGUGCAACGGCUUGGGCGGGGCGACGCCUGCCACCCUGGCGCAGUUUAGCCUCCACCACGCCCACAACGACCAGUCCUCUUACUCGGUCAGCCUCGUGGAUGGUUACAAUCUUCCGAUGACGGUGACCCCACACGAAGGCCAGGGCAUGUGUCCCGUCGUUGGAUGCAAGGCCGAUCUCCUUCCCACGUGUCCCCCGGCGCUUCAGAUGCGGGUUCCACCUGGUACGGGGCCGGUGAGAGCUUGCAAGAGCGGGUGCGAGGCGUUUGGUACGGACGAGCUGUGUUGCAGAAACCAUUUCAACAGCCCGCAGACGUGCAGGGGGUCGAGCUACUCGGAGUUUUUCAAGCACGCGUGUCCGGCGACGUACACCUAUGCGCACGAUAGCCCCUCGCUCACCCACAACUGCGUGGCGCCGCGGGAGCUGAAGGUUAUCUUCUGCCACUAACUUUUAAUGGUAUUACGUGAUUUGCCACUGAGAAGUGUACUAAACUAGCUACUCUGUAGUCGGCUACCAUUUGCUUUUUCUGUUGUUUUUCUUUAAUCUGGUGGUUUGUGGUGUAUGGAUUGUUAUAACAUAUGUAAGUUUUAUAAUGUGUGUCAUUUUUAUAAUGAUGUCCGCUAAAACUGU